GGUUGGCUUGGUCUACUUUGAGGCCUCUCUCUGGCUCCUCUCCGGCUUCCCUCAGGCUGCCUCUUCACAGGGCAGCUGCUCUGUGCCACGGCAGUCCUGGCGUCCCCGUCUCAGACGUCUUCUCCUCUUCACAGAAGGACACGAGUCACACUGGGAAGGGAUUGCCCUGACAAACUCACUGUGAAGCGUUCGUCUCUCCAAAGGCCCCCUCUCCAAAUCCAGUCACAGCCUGAGAGACGCAGGGGCUGGAAGACUUGAUGUGUUUUCAGUGGAUAAUGAAAAACUGCAGGGUGGAUUCAUGUUGUGCUUCCUGGAUGAUGGAUGUGGCAUGAGCCCUGAGGAAGCCUCAGACAUAAUUAACUUUGGGACACACAGGAAACACUUACCCACCUUGAAGUUCAUUGGGCAGUAUGGCAACGGUCUUAAAAGUGGGUCCAUGAGAAUUGGAAAAGACUUUAUUCUUUUUACAAAGAAGGAAGAAACAAUGACCUGUGUGCUUUUCUCUCAGACAUUCUGUGAAGGAGAGGGUCUGAGCGAGGUUGUAGUUCCAAUGCCAUCAUGGUUAACAAGAACCAGGGAAUCUGUCACAGAUGAUCCCCAAAAAUUCUCAACAGAACUGUCCAUAAUUUAUAAAUAUUCUCCAUUUCAAGAAGAAGCUGAACUCAUGCAGCAGUUUGAUGUGAUCUAUGGAAAAUGUGGUACUUUGUUGGUUGUUUAUAACUUGAAGCUUCUGCUUAGUGGAGAACCAGAGUUGGAUGUUAAAACUGACAAGGAAGAUAUUCUGAUGGCUGGGGCCCUUGAAGGUUUUCCAGAGACAUGGUCCUUCAGAGCCUACACGUCUGUCCUGUAUUUUGACCCUUGUAUGAAAAUAUUCAUUCAAGCCAAAAAAGUUCAGACAAAACACCUGUGCUAUUGCCUCUACAAACCUAGAAAGUAUUUGUAUGCCACAUCUUCUUUCAAAGGAGCACUUAAAAAUGAAGUUAAAAAAGCACAGGAAGCAGUAAAGAUUGCUGAACUCAUACUGAAAGAAGCACAAGUCGAAGUAAACCAGCCUGACAGAGCUGCGUCAUCUUCUGCCUCGGAUAUAUUAGAGAAAGCUUUGGAAGAUGUAGAAGCAAAGCGUAAGAAUCUUAAGGAGAAACAAAGAGAAUUAAAAAAAGCAGGAACACUAUCCCUGUUCUUUGGCGUGAAUGUAGAAAACCCAAGCCAAGGUGGAAUGUUCCUCUACAGUAAUAGCCGUUUGAUCAAAAUGCAUGAGAAAGUGGGCCCGCAGCUGAAACAGAAGUCCUUACUUGGCUCAGGUGUGGUUGGAAUUGUGAACAUACCCUUGGAGAUCAUGGAACCAUCCCAUAAUAAACAAGAAUUUCUCAACAUCCAAGAGUAUAAUCAUCUACUAAGAGUCAUGGGACAGUACUUGGUGCAGUACUGCAAGGACACUGGGAUCAGUAAUAGAAAUCUAACGUUGUUUCGGAAUGAGUUUGGGUCCUGGAAUAACACAGAUGCAGAGAAACCUUUAGAUUCUCUUCCACACCAGAGGAGACAAGCUCUGACCAUUCCAGUCAUCAUGCAGUGUGAUCUUUGCCUUAAGUGGAGAGUUUUGCCUUCCUCUACUAAUUACCAGAAAAGAGAAUUUCUCGACACUUGGAUUUGUGCUGAUAAUCCUAACUGCUCGGAUAACAGUUGCGAUGAUAUAGAACGUCUACCUACCAUCCCCCUGGGCACCUUGAGCAUGGUGUCCCCAUCAAGAAGUGAGAAAGAGAAGCAACUUAAAGAGUCGAUUCAGAGGUAUCAAAACAAACUGCUUGAACAGCAGGCACAGGAAAAUUCCAAGACUCAAAAAAUCGGGCCUCCUUCAUAUGAUAACCUGAGGCAUGAAUCGCUUUUGUCCUUCAAGCUUUCACUAAGCCAGAGAAGCCAGAAAAGAAAUGCAGAUGCAGACCCUGAUGUGGAGCUCAUUUCAGAGAUUAAAGUUGUAAAGAAGUCUGUGCACAAGAAAAUGAAAUCCCAGGAGCAGAGAACCGCAGCAGCUCUGCCAAGAAACGUCAAACCAGCCGAGAUAGCCCAGGUUUUGGAUAAAAACGACGCUGAUGUUUCAUUAAAGAAAGAGAAAAAGGAAGCUCCUGUCCUAAGCAAAGGAAAACAAAAGCUGUACAGAGAUGCUCCAGCAACAGAAGGAAACCCUUCAUCACCUCAGCUCAAAAGCUUGCCCAAGGAGGCUGUGGAAGAUUUAAGUGUAAGAUCCGGACACAAAGCCACAGUCCCUGUGAGUGGCUGGAGUAAAAUUGCUUCUUUGCCAACAACGUCUUCUCCAAGCACGACUGUCAAGGAAACAGUGAAAAAACUGAUAGCGAUUUUAAGGGAGAUUCUUCUGUAUUUUGCCCCAAAGUAUCUGCAGUCAUCAGAAUUUAACUACACAGCUGUGGAAGAAUUGAUAGCAAGUGUUGAGCUGGCGCGGUCCCCAGAGCAGGCAAACAAGAAGCUGGAACUAUGUUUCAACCAGAUCCAGAAUGUUUACAUGGCUCAAUAUGAAAAAAAUAUGAAGAGAAAAAUACAGUCCAUUACCUGUGAUGCAAGUAGAAGAGCAAUACUUAAUGAAGUCUCUCUGUUGCAUUGUGAACAAAGAAGAAAACGUGCUGAAGACAAACUGAACGAUCUUCGUGUAAAACUGGCAGCACUGCUGCAGACACUUCAGCUGGGUGGCCCCGCGGGAGACCUGGAGCAGACUGAUGCCUACUUAGAAGGUCUGCUGCAAGACGACAAACUCCUUUUCCAGAAUACUUCAAAGUGACCGCAGAGGUGGGACAUCUCUCCCUUCAGAGAAUAAUGAAAGAACUUAACUUUUAAAAUUAAAAGUUAGAGAAGCCAUUCUCUUUUUUAAAAUGCUAAUGCAAACAUCAAAAGAUUCUUUUCAAAACUUUUUUUGUCAUUAUUGAAAAAUUUGCCAGUUUAAUACUAAAAAUGUGUAUACUUUAGAGGUGGUGACUGAUUUAAAAUUUACAGUUUAUUUUCUAACUAUUCUGUAACUAUUUUCUGUAAUUUUUAUAUUCUAUUUUCCUACUUCUAACUAUUCCUGUUCUCUCAGAAAUAAUUUCUAAAAUUUUCUAAGUAUCAUGUGAGUUGCUAAGAAAAAUACAAAUGUCACUUAAGUUUAAAUUUUGCUUUAACUUAAUUUUGAAAACUUAAGACAGUAUUUUUUAAGAUAAGUAUACAAAGAACUAUAGAAUCAUCUCCUUUUGAAAGGUAUGUUGAAAAAGAAAAACAGUAUAUCCUUUCUUUACUAUAGCCAGCACUCAGUAAAACAGAAAAUAUAAUGACCUGGGUAUAAUUCCAGCACACCUGUAAUGCCAGCACCUGGGAAGCUGAGGCAGGAGGAUUGCCACAAGUUCUAGGCCAACCUGGACUACAUAGUAGUAAGUUUAAGGCUAACCUAGACUUCAUAGUGAGACCCUGUCUAAAAACAAAAAAAGAGAAAGAAAAUACUAAUCCUUUAAAAACAUUGUGCUAUAGCUUAUAUGUUCAUUUUAUUGCUAGUUAUAGUAAAAGAAUAAGUCUCUUAAGCAUAGUACAUAUUUAUAUUACACAUAGAAACUAUAUUUUAAUAUUUACACAUGUGUAAGAAAUUGUUUUAUGCUUUCCUUAAUAACUGACUGUUUUGUUUGGAAAUGUUUGCAACCUUGAACUAAAACAAUAAAACAUUUAAUAAUCAGUGGAAUUUUAUAAGUUUGUGGUGUGCAGUAGG